GUGCUGGCAGGGGAAGAAAUGCAAACGAAUGCAAACCCAUGUCCAUGCCCUGUUUUAAGGUUUCUUGUCCUGCGGGUACGAAAGUCUCCCCCUCGAGAUCUGGCCCGCGAAGAAUUCCACAAUUGGGGCAGUAAGUUAACUCGGAACCCGCUCCCCAUCUCUCGCUCUUUUUUCCCACUUUGGAUCCUUUUUUAUUUUCGAUGCCUUGUCGGAGGCUUGAAACACACAAUCAUCGUCACCAUCAUCUGGAAUGAUGGCGUCCUUUAAGCGUAUCGCCGGCGUGCUGUGCCUGCUGUCGCUCAGCAUUGGCCCGGUUUACUGCCAAAAUGAUGCCGAGAAUGUCGCGAGUGUCGAUAAUGUCGAGAAUGUCGAGAGUGUCAACCCCGACGACCCGGGCAUCACCAUGUUGACCGGCACAAGAAGCGACGCAACCAAAUCGACCGGCAUACCGACCGGCGUCUACCAAGACCCUUCAUCGCGCGUCACCAUCGCGACAACGACCCUGCCCACCGACCUCGGGAUACUCACACAAAGCUACACCGAAGCCGCCGCCUCCCCCAACACCGUUACCUACCUCACCGGCUCGAUGGCCUCUUCGGAGUCCACCGACACCGCCAACGCGACCUCCACCUCCACCUCGACCACCCCGCCGCGGCCCACCAACACCCGCCCCUGCAACAACUACCCCGAGCUCUGCGCGCGCAAGUACAGCAACAUCACCCACGUCGGCUGCCACAACAGCCCCUUCACGCGCGCCGGCAGCGCCGCGGCGAACCAGGAGUUUCCCGUCAUCGACCAGCUCAACGACGGCAUCCGCUUCCUGCAGGGCCAGAUCCAGUGGCCCGAGAACGGCACGGUGCCGCACUUCUGCCACACGACGUGCGACCUGCUCGACGCGGGGCCCAUCACGGACUGGCUGCGGCAGGUCAAGGACUGGGUGGCGCGGCACCCGUACGACGUGGUGACGAUCCUGCUGGGCAACGGCAACUACUCGACGCCGGACAAGUACGCCGGGGCGAUCGAGGCGUCGGGCAUCAAGCAGUUCGUCUACACGCCGAGCGUGAUCCCCAUGCGGGUCGACGACUGGCCGACGCUGGGCCAGAUGAUCCUGUCGGGCCAGCGCGUCGUCAUGUUCCUCGACUACAUGGCCAACCAGACCGCCUACCCCUGGCUGCAGGACCAGUUCAGCCAGAUGUGGGAGACCCCCUUCGACCCCCUCGACACCGCCUUCCCCUGCACCGUGCAGCGGCCCCCCGACCUGAAGCCCGACGCCGCCCGCCGCCGCCUGUACAUGAUGAACCACAACCUCAACGCCGAGGUCUCGCUGCUGGGCCAGUCCAUCCUCGUCCCCGCCGUCAGCCAGCUCAACGUCACCAACGCCGCCGAGGGCCCUGGCAGCCUGGGCAUGGCCGCCAACAACUGCCGCUCCGACUGGGGGCGGGCGCCCAACGUGCUGAACGUGGAUUACUACAACUACGGGAAUUACCCGGGCAGCGUGUUUGAGGUGGCCGCCGCCAUGAACAACGUGACGUUCGUCAAGAGGCCGUGCUGCGGGCCGGGCUCCAACGCCGCCGGGAGGGUGGAGGUGGUGAGGGGCGCCCUGUGGAUUGGCAUGGCUCUGGGGGUGUGGUUGCUAGUUUAAGUUUGUGUCUGCAGCGGGUGGUUUGGUUUCUAGUUUGGCUGGUCCUAUUUGGCAUUGCAUGGCGUUACGGUAUCUAGAAUCUAGACGGGUUGCGCGGCAACAGAUUGUGGUUUGGAAUAUCCCUAAAAUUCAUGGGGGAAGGGGAAGAUGGCAGGAAACAAUGAGAGUCAACGACAUAUUACCUAGCUACCUAGGUACUCAUGUAUUAAUUUCUCAAAAAAAUACACACGAGACUGCCCCUCAACCAAUGACACUUUUUACUCGUU